UACAUGUCCCGCAUUUUAAAACCCUACUCGCUCGCCUCCUUCUUUUCCCGUGUAAACCCUAAUCUGUCAUCUUCUCUACUAGUGCAUCAAUGGCUGAUUCUGCGAUUUCUCUUGAGAAGCUGAAAGCUUUUUGGCACUCUCAAAUUCACGAUGAAGAGAAGUGGGCCCUCAACAUGAAAUUGCUUCGAGCUGGUGGACUGUUUGCAGGAUCCAUUUUUCUGAUGCGGAAUUAUGGUGAUCUCAUGGCAAUAUAAGAGUGGAUGGCCACUCGCAGCUUUCUAAUCUGUAGGAUUUUCAGCUAUUUUUUCAGAAAGAGUGUAUGUUAUCAGUUUUAGUCGCAUCUCUUCUUAAUGUGGACAUGUUUCCAAAUACCUUUGGGAUUGAAUAAGAAUCACAUUAAUUAAUUGUUUGCCUGCA